CUGACAUUGCUCACAGAAGAAAUGACUUUGAGACCAAUGGCUGUGGUACAAGCACUACAGUGGUCCCUUCUACUACUAGCACUGCAGAGACGGAGAUGGCGGCCUUAUGGGAAACACUGCUGCUUCUGCUCGCCAACCUCUUCUGGGGAGCCAUCGCCGCGAGGCCGUGCUCAGGCUCAGGCUCAGGCUCGGCUUCGGACAUGAACUAUUGCCUUAGCUGGAGGGUGGCGGUGGAAGCUAACAACGCCCAGGCCUGGCGCACCGUUCCUGCACAAUGCACUCGCUACGUCGAGGACUACAUGCUCGGAGGCCAAUACAACAGGGACCUUGACACGGCCAUCGACCAGAUCUUUAUCUACCUCAAUGGAACCCUUGCAGCUGAUGAUGGCAUGGAUGCUUGGAUCCUCGACGUCGACGACACAUGCCUAUCGAAUCUUCUGUACUACAAGGACAAGCAUUUUGGAGGAGACCCAUAUGAUCCUCUGGCAUUCAAGAGCUGGGCUCAGAAAGGGGUUUGUCCGGCGAUUCCUGCAGUCCUUCAGCUGUAUAAAAGGCUGAUAGAAAAAGGCUUCAAAGUCUUUCUUCUCACUGGAAGAGAUGAAGUGGUGUUCAGCUCAUCAACAUCUCAGAAUCUGCAUGCGCAGGGGUUCACGGGACAUGAGAGGUUGAUACUGAGAAACCAAGCUUACAGAGGACAGGGUGCAGCAGUGUUCAAGUCUGCCAUCAGGAAGCAGCUGGUGUCAGAGGGCUACCGGAUUCGAGGGAACAUCGGGGAUCAGUGGAGCGACUUGUCAGGAGAUUGCAUUGGCAACCGCUUAUUUAAACUGCCUAAUCCCAUGUAUUUUGUUCCAUGAGAGAGUUUGUUGCUCAUCGAGAAGUGUAGAUUGUCAUCCUCUCUCUGGUGCACAGGAACAGUAUCAAUGUUCUGCACAAUUCAAUAAAGCUACAAUAUUGUCAUA